AUGACAUUCUUACCACUACCGGUAUCUGAGAUUGAGAUCGGAGGCGACCAUGACAUUGAGUGGUCCCCCUAUCCGAGAUCGAACCAGGUGGCCUACACCACAAAGAAGGGCCUUGUCGAUUUGACCGAUGUCAUGCUGCAUGUGGAGAAGCUUUUGGAUGAUGACGAGGUAAAUUCAGACUUUGAGGAUGUGUUUGUGAAGGCAGAGGCACUGUACAAGGGGCUGCAAACGUAG